AUGAUCGAGUCGGAGAAUGCGGAGAACAUAAACGCAGAAAAUGUGGAGAAAGCAACGAAAGAUAAUGAGAGAAAAUAUGAAGGAGUGAAGCAUUUAGAAUUCGAUAUAGUAUAUAAUAAAUAUGUUGAAAAACACAAUAGAAUAAUUGCUAAACUAUUAAAUUCGUCUGCUAAAUAUAAUUUAUCAGAACUCCCAAAAGUUGUUGUUUAUCAACCAGACAUGAUAAACGGAUUUGGAAACCGUUUCCCUGGAAUAGUUUGCAGUUUUUUAUAUUCAUUAAUUACUGAUAGGCUAUUUUUUAUUGAAGGAUAUAAUAAUUUCUCUGAUUAUCACGUAAAAGAUUUCGAUCAUGAUUGGAAAAUUCUCUCAAAUUUAUAUGAGAAUAGUACCUCUAGACAUUUACAUCAUGAAAAUGAUUAUAAUGACUUUCAAUUGGUGACGAGAGGAAACCUUAGUAACGAGGAUAAAGAUAUUUUAUAUGUCAAAACUUGGGAUUACGCAUGUGCUCCAAUAACGUCGAAUCCUCAUUAUAAGAGAUGGUUUGAUAAAAUAAUACCUGAUUAUAGAGUUUUUACAGCAAUAAGCCUAAAAUUAUUAAGUUUACACCCAAAUAUUAACAAACGAGUAGAAACUUUUGCAAAUAAUAAUUUUUUUACCGAUUAUACCAUAGGAAUUCAUUUAAGGGAGAAAAAGAGACUUGCUGGUAUGAUGGCACCUGUAGAUCAUUACAUUCAAGUAGUGAAAAUGUUAUUGAUAAAAAUGAACAACAUGAAUAUAACUAUCUUUGUGGCAGCAGAUACUAAUUAUGGUCGCGAAAAUUUAGUAAACUCACUCCGUGAUGUGUAUAAUUCUAAUAAUAAUAGCUCUGUGAAGAUAGUUCAUACUGAAGAAGAUUUGGAUGCACCAAAUCUUAUUAAUGCUAACACUGGUUCAGAAGUAGGCGCUCUUAUCGAUAUGAAGUUACUUAGUCUAUGCGAUGACUUGUUGAUUACAUAUGGUUCUUCAUUCGGUUAUACUGCUGCAGGAUGGUCGCAAAAAGCAUCGCGUCAGAGAGGCCCAUUUGUGGUCAUGCCAAUAAAAAACUCGAAAGAUGAUUUAUUUGUAGCAGAUAAAGUUUGGGUGACGGGUACCAUAUCAUGUGAACCGUGCAUGUACUUGAGUAAAAAGCUAAUUCACGAUGAAGAUGAAGAAACUGUUAGAAUUUUUAAAACCAAUCCGUUAUGGAUACAUUAUAGUCAAUGCCAUUGGCUUGUAUUUUAG